AGAACAAACCACAGCACAGAAACUGCUCUCGUUAAAGUAGUAAAUGAUUUGCGGGUAAAUGCAGACAGAGGCCAUUUAUCUGUUUUCAUCCUCUUAGAUCUGAGUGCCGCAUUUGACACCAUUGAUCAUAAUAUUCUUAAGAAUCGCCUUAGUCAAUGGGUGGGCCUCUCUGGCAGUGUCUUAAAUUGGUUUGAAUCCUACCUGGCAGGGAGAAAAUUCUUUGUUAGUUGUGGUAAUUACAACUCAAAGACACAUGACAUCCUAUAUGGUGUUCCACAAGGCUCUAUCCUGGUUCCGCUGCUCUUCUCAAUCUACAUGCUUCCGUUAGGUCAGAUUAUCUCAGGGCACAACGUGAGCUACCACAGCUAUGCUGAUGACACACAGCUGUACUUAUCAAUAGCACCUGAUGACCCUGAUUCUCUUGAUUCACUAACACAAUGUCUGACUUGUAUUUCUGAAUGGAUGAAUAGUAAUUUUCUCAAGCUAAAUAAAGAGAAAACUGAAAUUAUAGUGAUUGGCAAUAAUGGAUACAAUGAGGUUAUCAGAAAUAAACUUGAUGCAUUAGGAUUAAAAGUCAAGAGGGAGGUAAAACGCUUAGGGGUAACUGUUGACUGUAUCCUGAAUUUUAAAUCGCAUAUUCAUCAGACCACUAGGACAGCAUUUUUUCACUUAAGAAACAUAACAAAAGUUAGACCUCUUAUAUCAUUGAAAGAUGCUGAGAAAUUAGUUCACGCUUUUGUUUUCAAUCAACUAGAUUACUGUAACGCACUCCUCUCAGGACUACCCAAAAAAGACAUAAAUCGUUUGCAACUAAUGCAGAAUUCAGCUGCUAGAAUCCUAACUAGGAAAAGAAAAUCCAAGCACAUUUCUCCAGUUUUGAUGUCACUACACUGGUUUCCUGUGUCAUUCAGAAUUGACUUUAAAAUUCUGCUCAUGGUUUAUAAAGCCUUAAAUAAUCUCACUCCGUCUUAUAUAUCGGAAUGUCUGACACCUUAUAUUCCAAAUCGUAACAUUAGAUCCUCAAAUGAGUGUCUCCUUAGAAUUCCAAGAGCAAAACUUAAAAGAAGUGGUGAGGCGGCCUUCUGCUGUUAUACACCUAAAAUCUGGAAUAGCCUGCCAAUAGGAAUUCACCAGGCUAAUACAGUGGAGCACUUUAAAAAAACUGCUGAAAACACAUUACUUUAACAUGGCCUUCUCAUAACUUCACUUUAAUUUAAUCCUGAUACUCUGUAUAUUCAAUUCAUUAUAAUAACUAUUCAUGGUGGCUCUAAAAUCCGUACUAGCCAAUACUGUCUCUUCUAUUUCUUUU